CUUUUGAAUAAUUUCCACAGAUCUCACCAGCAUAGAAGUUCCCAUAAAGUUAAUUAAAUUACGUCUUUAAAUUCCCAGAAGACUUUGCGGAGAAUUCCGGAGAAGGAAUAGAGAGAAUUAACUGCCAUGGAGGAGACCCUUUCUCAUAUUGUUCGAGGGUGCAAGUUGGCUAGAGAGCUUGAAUCAAACAUCCCGAACCUCGCCAAGCAGCCCAGGAUGCUGGCCAAGUCCUGUGAUGAGAUCAUGAAGAUUUUCGGGACUGCGAAGGAGAGGCUGAAUGCUCAGGAUGACCACUCGGCAUAUCCCUACAUGUUUGCGCAGGCCUCGGGGAUGGAGACCAGUGGGGAAAUGCAGGAAUGGCUGAAGACAAGCUACCUGCAAGCGCUCCAAGCACAGUAUGGCUUGACAGAGAGCAAGGUAGGUGGGAUCGAACCUGUGACCUUGUCGGGUCAUCCUGGUUUUGAGCUGGGUGGACGGGAUAGGGAAGGCUCAGCCAGAUCAACAGGCAGCGGAGGAGAGUUUCAGGCAAUGGAAGGAUCAGAUUCCGGGAAUAGUAAUUCGCAAAGAUUACGAAGAAGAAAGGAUGAUAUAAGGAAAAGGAAGGAGACAGUAGCAGCGCCUAGAAUUGGGAACACUGAUAUUCCUCCGGAUGACAAUUUUACUUGGAGAAAAUAUGGGCAAAAGGAGAUCCUGGGAUCAAAGUACCCAAGGAGUUACUAUAGAUGCACCCACCAGAAACUAUACAACUGUCCAGCCAAGAAACAAGUACAGCGGCUCGAACAUGAUCCCUUCAUGUUUGAUAUAACUUAUAUAGAUGAUCACACCUGCCACAAGUCUGCCACAGCUCCUUCAGUCCCACCGCCUCCACCAGAAGUGACACCUGAGAUGAUUCAGGCCACAACUGCACAACUGCCCAUGGGGAGGUGGCUCUCCAUGGAACUCAAGCCAACAGGAGAAGCCGCAAAUGCCUUUGUAGAUCAUUCCCAAGUUCAAAUGCACGUAGACUUGGGUCUAGGCGAGGGAAGCAGCAGCAGCAUGGUUGGCACUGGGGGAAGUACUGCAGGUCCUUCCAUGGUUCGAUUCGGGCGAGAAGCGGAAUAUCCAGUGGUGGAUCUCGCUGAUACAAUGUUCAAUUCUGGUAGCAGUAGUAGCAAUAGCAUGGACUUCCUCUUCACUCACACGGAGGAAAAAUGGGAGCCGGCUGGUGACAAGAAAAACUGAUUAAUUCCAUAACCCCAUGAAAUUAUUACUUCUCUUCGGAUGAACCCUAAUUUUGAAUUUGUUAAUUUUCACUGUAUUUGAUAAAGAAAUGACUAUUCAUUCUCACUGGUUCAUGACAUGAUCAUAGCCAGAAGUUCUUGGACUGUCCAAGUUUAGAAAUCACAUUCAUGUGACAAUUUGGCAUUAUUUUCUCAAUUUAGCAAA